CCUAAUAGAUGUUCUGAUUCUUUGAGACGAAUUAGGUUUUGUUCUUGUCUUCAUCCCUUCGAUUCGAUCCUACCUUUUUGUUUCUCCUCCCUCUUGAAUUCACCAUCAAGCUCCAUGGAUCUCCAUCUUCCGAUUCUCCUCUUCUGCUUGAUAGCUGUGUCGUGCUUCCCUUCUGGGCUCGCUUCAUCUCCGGUUGACUUUACCGUUUGCAAUCACGAAUUCGAGCUGUUCCGGUUCGAUCUAGCCUCGAAAUGCCCUCCUUCUCUCCGUCCAAGUCCUCCUAUCGAGGUGGAUGGAGACUCGCUGGAUAGGUUAAUGGCUUUGAAUUAUGAUGGAAAUGCUUACAUGUCAGUGCUCUUUUACGCUUCUUGGUGCCCGUUCUCACGUGCUGUGCGAACUAAGUUUGAUAUGUUGAGUUUGAUGUUCCCUCAGAUACAGCACCUAGCUGUGGAGCAUUCUCAAGCACUACCAUCUGUAAUUUCAAGGUAUGGUAUCCAUAGCUUACCUUCAAUCCUGAUGGUAAACCAAACUUUAAAGGCGCGAUACCAUGGUCGUAAGGAUCUUACAUCCCUGAUUGAGUUUUAUGAAGAAUCAACAGGUCUCAAACCUGUCCAGUAUGUGGCUGAAACGGAACCAGCAACGAGCUUAGACGCUACCGACUGUAACCUCAUCACAUGGUUACGCAAUGGGACAUCUAUGAGUGAAAUAUUCAAGCGAGAUCCGUUCUUGGUACUGUCUCUGCUGUUUAUCUGUUUACAAAUGGCAAUCCUCGUCUUCCCCAUAGCAGAAUCACGCAUGAAAGCGUUGUGGGCUUCUUAUGCUCCCAAUCUGAACCUGGAAAGAUUUGGAGAGGUAAGCCAAGUGUUCAGCCGUGCUCUUCACAUGGUCGAUGUGAGGAGGCUAUGGUUGAAGCUAAGACUCGUCAAAACAAGGAGCUUCCAUGAAAGGGCAAAGAACGCACAAGCUUGGGCUUCAUCGCUCGCGUCCGUCUCUCUAGGCCAAAAUUCAUCAAACCAAUCCUGAUCCCUUGAAUGAUCCUUCUAGUUGUCUUGUCAGCAUCGGAAAGAGAUAAGCUUUAAGUGUGUUCUGGAAAAAGUUCCCUUACAUAGUAUGUUAUACUGACUUUUGAGUUAACUUGUCUGCAUCAAAGCAUGUAAAUCCAGGAACAGCUUUGCUUCUGUUUGUGAAUAUCUCUCUCUUUUUUGUUUGUUUUGUUUUUAUAAAUCUGAGAUAUCUGUUUUGACCUCAUUUCUCUGAGUCGAGAAUAAUUUGAUUGUUUCAGCUA